AUGUCAACUCUUGCGUUUAGGCAUUGCUAUGAGGUACAACCAUUGUGGAGAAUAAGGUCAAAACAGCAGGACUCAUCACAGACAUCUGGCUCCAAAGGGAAGACAAAAAGAAAAGUUGCAAAAGGUAAGAAAUUUUUUGGAGAAUCUCCAAAUGGAUCAAACCCUUCGAUUGAACCAAUUGCAGUGAGGACAAGAAGCUCACAAUCAAAGAAUUCAAUAGGCACCAAUUGCAGUGAGGACAAGAAGCUACAAAUCAACCCAUAA